CUGCGCGGGUGGCUGCGCGCCUCCCCUCCUCUCAUCAUCCGCUGGCAGCGCGGCGACAGCCGGGCGGGCCUCUCCGCGCCCGUGUGGCCCCCCGCUGACGCCCCCCUUGUGCCGCUCCACCACACCUUCCGGGUACGCUAUCCCAGUGACGCUGUACAGGGAGAGGGGAGCCCCCACGGCGCCCUACCUGCGCAAGGCAGCCACCUUCACACUCCACCACGCGCUACCCGCCGCCGCCGCCCACCCAAGCCACCCACCCGAUGCACCAUCCGAGCCUGCCUUCCAGGCUGGGCCCGAGCCUCUGGGGCGGGCGCAGCUGGACCUGGCUGAGCUGGCGGACUGUGACGGGGUGGUGGAGCGCCGCCUCAAAGUGGCGCCCGGGCCCGCCAUGCUGGCUGACGUGGCGGCUGCUGAGAGGCCGGCGGGGGCGGUGCUGGUGGUGAGCGUGGAGUGCGUUGGGAAGAAGCUCAGCCGCGAGGCCGCCGCUGAGGAGGCCCACAUCGAGAGGGUGGGCGUGGGAUGGGGGGUGGAUGAUAGCAUUGGAGAAGCAGUUGGGUUGGGUGAGGGGGAGUGGAUGCGAUGGGUGGAGGGUUGGGAGAAUAUAGAGUGGUGA